UCCACGCGGAACGGUACGCGUUGGGGAAAUAUUUCCAGUCGGUCCUAUUAUCAAGUGAACCAGCUGGCAAGUUUCACAGCACGACUUCGUGGAAACUGAGAAGAAAAAUAUCGGUACUGAUCUAAACAUGUUGGCUAGAACCUGUUCCAGUGAGUGUGUGUGUCGCCCGGAAGCGUCGAGUUAAUCAGUUGAGGCGCCUUUCAUCUGAGAACCUGCAACACUGGAAGCACCAGCAUGACCGAGCAGAGGCUGCUGUCCAUAGAUAUUGAACCCAGGUCAAACAGCUCCAGAGCUGAGAAGCCCCUCUGGACUCGCAGUGACAACGCCUUCAAGUUUAACUUCCUCACUGAUAACGCUCUGGCACCUCAGGAGGAAGCAGCUCCAUCACCCAACAGGACCGAACCAGCAGCGAGCCAGAUAUCCUUCACAGGACAGGGCUCCGCUUUUGCCUUCAACUUUCAACUUCCUGCUGUUUCACCUGUAGAGGACAUGGAGACGACAGAGACCCCCGACACCUCCGCUCCAGCUGGCCAACAGGGCGUCCAAGAGGAAAAGCCCUCCCAGCCGCAGGAGUUUAACGCUCCACCUGAGCCGUCAGCGCAGUCAAAAUCCAAAAAGAAGAAGAAAUCUGGAAAGAAAAAAGGGUCUGAUGGCAGCGAGUCACAGCAGAAGCCAAGUUCAGCUGAGGGGAGUCAAGGAGGCGAGGACACUGAGUUGAGUGCAGAAGAGCAGCUGAACAGACAGCUGGACUGGUGCAUCGAGCAGCUGGAAUCAGGACUGAAGACCCAGAAGGCUACACCGAAACAGAAGGAAGAAGCCUCCCGUGCCCUGAAGACUCUGCGAAGCUCCAAAGCUCCUCUGGCCAAGAAGAGGCAGGUGAUGAGGGCCAUGACCGGAGACUACAGGAAAAAAAUGGAAGAAGAGAAGAGCAAGCAGUACAAACUCAUUCAGACUGAAAUUGCAUCAGCUAAGGUCAAAGAAGUGUCAAAUUCUCCAAAGAAGUGUGUUUUCCACCGGAGAGCCGAAACCCAGAAAGCAGCCACUGAGAAGAACCGGCGACACGCUGAAACCCAGGACACAGAACCACAAACAUCACAGACUCAAGAGACGUCAGCUUUUGUCUUUACCCCGUCAAAGGAGGAGUUUCGCUUCAACUUCCUCUGAUUUGUUCCCCGAAGACACUCUUCACUGUACAUCAUGUUAUGUGCCUGGAUAAUCUGGUCUGAGUCGUGUGCUGGAUAUUAUUUGUGAUGGAAACUUGCGUGAAACAAUAAGAGGUGAUAAUCAAAAUUUCUUGCGAGCGCUCCACAUUUCUAAAUAAAGAAUUAUGUAUUUUUGUCUGCA